AUGUCAACGUGCGACGUGAUCUACAAUAACACAACCCCUAUAGUAGGGGCUUUGGAUCCUGAUAUCAUGGGUAUAGGUGUUCUGAUCAGCUUCAUGGCGACGGCGUACCUAACGUUGAUCGUCUUGUGUAUAUGCUUCAUUGUCCACUUCGUUCCAGACGAUUUCAUGAACAAUAUCGACAAUGGGGUCGUUAAUACUCUAUGGGGCAAGCGCCGCUCUAGACCUGCAAAGAGUUGGGCCUCGAGUCUUCAGACAAUGAUUCUUAUGUACAGUGACCAGCAGCUGGUGACAGGCCUUGCAAUACUCAUCAGCGGCUACGCUCAGCUAUCACAAGGUAUUUCAUGCUAUCAUUGGCAAGUGAUAGUCUAUCUGGCGUGGUUCUCCUCCAUCACCCACCUCACAACCCUUAGUUUCUUAAGACAAUACUUUCGCGAAAACACGGCAGCUCGCUACUGGAGAGCAAUACUCAUGGCCAUAAUGGUAGCUAUGCUGGGAAUUGCACUUCUGCCAACUGGAGACGCGCAGUGGGACAAAAUGAGCUAUAGCAAUGCUGGAGCCUUACCGGUUCUAUGCACUUUCAAGCGGCUUUCUUCCCAAUCAUCAGAGCCGGGAUAUGAAUUUAAUUUCAUCGCAAGCCCAACGAUGAUUACGUCCAUCAUGGUCCUGUCUCUUAGCUACUCCACGAGACUGAUCAAAUUUUCCCAACAUUCUUCAACGCUCAGAAAUAUGAUCAGGACAAAACCCGGUCAAGUAAUCAAACGUGCACUGGCUAAAUCGAUUCACAAGGCUAAACAAGGCAAGAAAAGAAUACUGUGGAGAUUGGCGCAUCUAUUUCUGGAGACAUUAUACGUUGAGUUACGCGCAAUUCUCGAUAUAUAUGAGUCACUGCUCUGGGAGAUCUUGUGGCUGGGCUUUGGACUUGGAUGGGGCACGAGUCGCCUGCUACUCAUCCGAGACUUUGGAAGGAAAGCAAGAGCGGAUGAUGAGAAGAACAAAGAUUUUGGGUUUGGACAAAUCUUACCAGUGGUAUUACUCGCAUUACCUCUCUUUUCCUUGGGACAGAACUUUUACGAAAAGAGGAAGUCUUUGAAUCGUGAAAGUGAACAAGGGACCCAAACAACCGGAAUUGCCGCAGAGGCUGAACCAAACCAUGAUAGUCGACAAUCUCAAUUCCUGCGCAUUGGCCUGUGGCCCGUAAAACAACCAAAUCUCCCGAGCGGCUUUGAAGCUGUUCAGGGAUCUCACAAUAGCAUCGCAAGAACAGGAACAGAGCUACAGAAUGAAGAAAUUCAUAUGGGCGAGAUCUCCUCACAUCCAACAAGCACGAGUCGCCCGGACAGAAGUAAUGAAUCUCAAGCGGACAUGGGGCAAAACAAUCUUCCUCCCUUUAAUCCAACAGAUGUAUCUCAGCAGUCUCGAAAAAAACAUAUCGAUAGCCCAUACAAUUACUACCAAUUCGAGUGGUUCAGAAUCUUGAUCGGCAUGAUACUGGUUUUGAGCAUUGAGCCACUCCUCGACGUAAUUAUUGAGCGUCGCAACGGCAUAGACUUAGCAUUUUCUCUCGCGACAACGAUUAUCGGUAGUCUCGCCGCAUCGACCCUUUAUGCCAUGUGCUUCGUCAUCUUCACAGAGUACCAUGGUGUACUGAGUCAAUUCAUCCAGAAAUAUACUACAAAAGAUUCGGAUUCUCCUUUGACUUAUAACGACUUUGAGGAGGUGAAAGUCCAAAACAACGUUUCAUCUAAGAUAGGAGAUGUUGCGAUUGCAAUCUUCCCUGCUAACAUACAACUGUUAGCACGAUAUAUAAGAAAACUCAAGAACUUGAAAUAUAUACCAGGGCCUAAGGUCAAACGUGGAGGGAUUAAGGAAUCUUAUGCAGAUGGAACAAUGGGGAGCUUGAACGACGAUGAACAGUGCACGAUCUAUCUAGACAUACGGGGAAAGUGUGCCGUGUUGCCUUGGGUCACAGGGAUACUGAACAAUCUCCAAAGGCUUAUGAUGAGAGAAUUAAAGCCUUAUUGA